AUUAACACCGAAGCGUUAACACAAUUAGCACAAUAGUGAAAAAUUACAUUAAGCUGGAAAAAACAGAUCAAAUAAAAAAAUCGAUAUGCCAACCGACAGUACCAAUAAUAUUCGCCACAGAAUUUGCAACGCUAUACUCGUCGAGUGCUUUCAGUCAUGAAAUGAAGCUCCAGCGUCGCGGCUGAGAAGCGAAUGAAACGCGAGACGAAAAUAAAUCUAAUUCAAACUUAAUCCGAAGGUUCUCCGACAUGGCCGAUCUACUGAAAGCUCUGAACUUCACGGGAACCCUGCUGGCGGGCCUGGAGGACACCAGUCAUGAGUCUCCAUCGGUUGCGGCCGCCCCAAGUUCGACCACCACUACCACACUGCCGGAAAGUAUCAAUGCCACAACUGCCUUUAAUGUAACAAUGGCUAGCAGCGGUGAGAAGUUGGAUCUUAGCGGUUUUGAUCUGCCUGGCAACUACUCAAUUCUUAUCAAUAAGCUCGAACAGCUGGCUCUGGGUCUUGAUUCUGCUUUGGGCAACUUCACCAUCGACCGCCAGGAGGUCGAGAUCAAUCUGAGUGAAGGCGCCACCGAUAUGACCGAUAAUUUGCUUUUUAGCGAUGUGUUGCCAGCUGCGCGGGCCCCGCCGCCACAUAUAGCUCAUGGAUCGAGAAUCUAUACUGGUGAUGAUGGCCAGGACUUUGCCCAUGUUGUUAGCGAUAUCUGGAUUGGUGUUAUUUUGACUCUUCUCAUCGUGUUCGUGAUUUUUUUCAUCUGUGCGUGCUUUGUCUAUCACAAGUUCCAGCAGUGGAAAAAUUCAUACCGUGCUAAUCACAGUGACCCCACAAUUGAAAUCUGUCGCCGUUGUCCUCCCGACUACGAAGGCGAAUCGUUACCUUCCUACACUAUAGUCUCCGGACUUCCCACCUACGACGAUGCUUUGGAGGAGUUCCGAAAGGCAGGAAUCCUACUAACUCCGUCUGUCGUGCCUAUCAUCAAAAUAUUUGAGUGCAUCGACAAUGGCGCCGGCAAGGAGCAGGCCGUGGGAUACAGCCUGGUGGAGACAAACGCCAACGGCGAUACUGGUGUGGACAACAACACGCUGAACUCGGCCACCUGUAAUUGUGGCACCUCAACGCUGCCCAGCUAUAGUGCUGCCACAGCGACCGCCAUGGCCUUGGCAGCAGCUGCUGUUCCUCAGGUCAUCGAACUGUCACCAGACCACCUGGCCUCGCUCUCACAGAAGCGUCUCUCGCUGCAAAUCUCAUUUAAUAAUUCGAUAAGACGACAAUCCACACGAUCAGGUGCCGCCUUGCGAAACAAUUUGCUGCGAUCCCGAGCCGUGGGCAAUACGGCGGGAGUGGGUCCCAUCGAAACCCCUGUUACUGUGGCAUCUGUUCAAGGACGUGAGAACGUACCACAAAUUGGGCCCGCUUUGUAUCGCUCCACUUCUACUUUGUCGCUGUCGCAUGAGCGCCAGUUGCUCGAUCAUCGCUUACAGCAUUUGCAUCAUCGCGGCUCGUUGUACUGAUUGUGGCAUCAAAGCAUUAAUUUCUUACAAAUUUAUUCCUUACACUUUUUCAAUGUUCAUAAAUCUAUGCCAUAGAAACAAUAAAACAAAAAAUCCCUA